AUGUCGUUGCUGUCGCGAAUUACCGAGAAUGACUUGGCCCCCAAGGUAUCCUUCGUUGAAGGCCUCCGCUACAUCUCAAGGAGUGUUCUCGAUACCUGGGAUGAGCGCGACUACCUGAUUGUGCUUGGCAUCCCAUCGGUGGACAUGGAUGCGAGACGGGGUCGGCGCCAGCUGCAACGGACGACGCUCUGGACGUUCCCUGGUGUAGCGACGGUGUCAAACAACUUCACCGGCACGAUGCUUACACUCUACGUCAUCGGAAGACACCCAUCGCACGACUUUAAUUUUUCUUCCUCGCUUCUGGAGGAGGCGACUGAGUGGCAAGAUGUGAUUGCGCUGCCGAUGAAUGAAGGACGCUCCUCCACGAAAAAGACGAUCGGCGGCGGCGGCUACUGGGGCAUGGAG